UCUAAAACACUGAACGCGUCGCUUAAUUGGGAUGUCCACAUGAAGCUGUUAAAAUUUUUGCUUCGUUACUUUCCGCCAGGUCUCGCCUUGGAGUACCUUCAGGGUGGAGAUGUCAAGACCAAGAUGAUCGACCUUCUGGAUCUAUCUGCCGAAACGGACAUAAGAGCAUUAGCGGAGAGCAUAAAAGCGACCGAGCCCGUAAUAACCGAAAGUGUAAUGGAGCAGUUAGUGGAGACCCUGCAGAAGCUGCAAGCCAAAGUUUGCGACACAAACGCGAAACGCUACUACAAAUACAAAACCUUGCAGACACAUCUUCUACCCCUUACGAACAUCGCGUUCGAUAAACUAGGUAAAAGAUGCCUGACAGGCAGCUACGACCGAACGUGUAAAGUUUGGGACAUUGACAGUGGAAAAGAGCUUCUUACUCUCGAAGGCCAUAAGAAUGUGGUCUACGCCGUGUCCUUCAACAACCCAACUUCAGACAAAAUCGUAACAGGUUCUUUCGACAGAACUGCGAGGAUUUGGUGCUCGCGAACCGGCCAUUGUUUAAUGACAAUGUGGGGCCACGACGGUGAAGUAGUUGUCGCAAAAUUUUCACCCUCUCAUAACAAAAUCGCGACAGCUUCUCUGGAUAUGACGUCGAAAAUUUUCCAGCUGGCAACAGGUGACGAAGUGGGAACGUUAAAAGGUCAUACAGCGGAAGUGAUCGCGCUAUACUUUAACAACGACGGAAAUCAAAUAAUAACAGGUUCUUUUGACGGUACUGUCAGCAUCUGGGACGUAAGAACUCUAAGGAGAACAAGCGUACUGAUCGGACACCGUUCAGAAUUGUCGAACUGCAUCUAUAAUUUCGAUUGCUCUUUAAUCGCGUCGUCGUCCAUGGAUAAAACUGCCAAAGUCUGGGACACGAGAGUAAACUCGUGCUUGGCCACUUUACGGGGUCACGACGACGAGGUUCUGGACCUGACCUUUGAUAAUAAUGGGAAAAAAUUGGCAACCGCGAGCAGCGAUACCACUGCACGAGUUUGGGACGUCGUCAGUUCUUUCGAACAAUUGGCUUUGAUGCAAGGUCAUCGAGAAGAAGUAUCGAAGGGAACGAUGACCGGGGUCGAUAAUCUUGCCUACGAUGCUCCGGCGAACGAGUCGGCGGUGCCGGAUAUGCACGAGACCCUGUCUAGUUUUCCGGAACAGUUCGGAGACGGGCCGAGGAAACCGGAAAUAAAGCCGGAUGCGCCAAAGGAAUCGGACAGGUCGACGGAUAACCCGAAGUGUGGAUGGUUAUGGUUCAGGCCCAUCUCCUUGCAAAGAUUCCGAACCGCGAAAUGGGCGUUAUUCUGGCUCUGUUGGACAGGUGCAAUACAAGGAAUGGUGGUGAACGGUUUUGUAAACGUCGUUAUCACCACGAUAGAAAGGAGAUUUGGUCUGAGGUCGUCGCAAACUGGCCUGAUAGCGGGUGGAUACGAUAUAGCAAGUUUUCUAAUUCUUGUUCCAGUCAGUUACCUAGGUGGACGGUCGAAAGCAUCAAAGCCAAGGUACAUAGGUAUAGGAGUUCUAGUCUUAGGCAUAGGAAGCCUACUGUUCGCGUCUCCCCAUUAUAUUGCCGGACCAUACAGAGGUGGUCAACAAUCGGAAAACAUGUGUCAGAGGGUGAACGACACGUCGUCUCGUGCGAUAUCUUGUAACGGAUCUAUGGGCCAAGCGGAUCAAGAGCCUUACAGCGGAUUGUACUUAAUUAUCUUUUUGAUGGCUCAACUUCUUCAUGGUGCGGGUUCUGCUCCUUUUUAUACGCUCGGUGUCACGUACAUAGACGAGAAUGUUUCGAAAAAGAUGUCCUCCGUGUAUGUAGGCAUUUUUUACACGAUGGCCAUAAUAGGACCCGCGCUAGGUUACGUGAUCGGAGGUGAACUGUUGAAGCUGUACACGGAUUUUCUCACCGUGGAUCCUUCCGAAAUUGGAUUGACACCGGACAGCAACGUGUGGGUUGGAGCAUGGUGGAUAGGUUUUCUGGGUGCCGCAGUAUUGUGUUUCAUAAUUGCGAUACCGAUACUUGCCUUCCCACCUGCGUUACCAGGUUCGGAAGAAUUAGCCAAAGAACGAGUAUCGGAGGCACACGAGAAGCAAUCGAAGCAAUCGCCCUCGAGCGAGAGCGGGGAGGCGUUUUCAAAAAUACGCGAGCUGCCACGAGCACUGACCGAUCUGCUCGGUAAUCCAGGCUUUUUCAUGUUGAACCUGGCAGGUGCAAGUGAAGGAUUGCUUAUCGCUGGUUUCGCGGCGUUCCUGCCGAAGCUGAUCGAAAAUCAAUUUAACGUCAGCGCUAGUUCAGCCGCGUUACUAAUGGGUCUGGUGACCGUGCCUGCAGGCGGCGGGGGUACCUUUCUCGGUGGUUAUCUCAUAAAACGCUUUAAUCUGCCCUGUUCGGGUAUUCUGAAGUUCUGUCUGCUGGCCACUGCUUCCUGUAUCGCUUUCACUUUGUGCUUCGUUUUAAACUGCCCGAAUCUAAAUUUUGCCGGAGUUACCGUACCCUAUUCGGACCAAACUAAAAAAUCGUUCUCGUUGGAUGACGCGUGUAAUAACAACUGCGGUUGUUCAAGAUCAGAGUUCAGUCCAAUAUGCGGAGUGGAUGGAAUCACGUAUUAUUCCCCAUGUCAUGCAGGAUGUUAUCAGGAAACGCGGAUAAACGAUGUCAAAGUGUACUCGGACUGCAGCUGCGUACGCGCGCAGCCAAUGAACCUGACUGCAGGAGAUGACGUUAUCAGCUACGAGGCAAUAAACACAACAUGCAACACAUCUUGUUCCUAUCUGUGGCCCUUCAUAGCCUUAGCAUUUUGCAACAUGCUGAUCACGUUUUUGUGCACUAUGCCAGCACUUUCUGCGACCCUACGGGUCGUUCGGGACGAUCAGAGGUCGUUCGCUUUAGGUAUACAGUGGAUUAAAGUUAGGAUUUUGGGCACGAUACCAGCUCCCAUGGUUUUCGGUGCCCUUAUAGACGAUACUUGUAUCUUGUGGAACGAGACGUGCGAGGGCAGAGGAGCUUGCCUCGUUUACGACAAUUUAUACAUGAGCAGGUACAUGUUGGCGUUAGCUUUCAUCGGUAAGGCAGCAUCCCUCCUGUUCUUCUUCCUCGCCUGGUGGACGUACAUUCCACCAGGAGGCAAACAAACCGACCAAAAUUCACGGGAAGAACCAACGACGACGCUAAUGAUGAACGACACAUCGCACGAAACACCAACUACGCCGGCGACAAUAAAUCCUAUAAUCGAUGCGUAAAAGAUUAUUUUGCGUUUCAUUCAAUUCAGUGUAAUAAUACAUCGCGUAAAAUAACCUUGUUUCGAUGAAAGAUUUUUAAUGUCGAUGAAUCUUCGAGGUAACUUGUUUAUUCUUGAUUGCUUGAAAAUAGAGGUAAACACCGUUUGCAAGAACGAAAUGGCGGGAAACUAAACGUCGACGGUGAGACAUCUAGGUUUCUCAGGUAUAACUAAAACAAGGUUACCAACACGAUUUGAUACAUAUUUUUUUAAUGGCGCGAUAUUUGAAACGUUUUAGUGUACGUGCACGGUAAAAAUGUAAUGGAUACAUCGGUGAGGAAGUUUAACAUGUGUAUGUACAUUUAAACGUAUUUGAUAACUGUAUUUAUAUUUCUCUACGGUGUAACUAAGCAGAUGUACGAUGUAAAUUAAGUAGAGGGUAUUUAUUUAACAUUAUUAUAUUAUUCUUUAAUACGAAUCGUUUACGAUCACUGGGGAAAACGCUAUUUCAAUAGUAAGAUAUUUUAUAAAGAGUUUGUAACAGGUACGCUAAUUUAUUGUGACUGUAGUGCAAAUGAAAUUUGCAUAUUUACGGAAUGUUUGAAAUACAAGAAAACGAGCGUAGCGAACUGAAGUAUGAUAUUGUUUAGUUUAAAAAUUGCUUAAGAUUGUACAGAUCCAUUUAUAUAGGGUAUGUUGUAAGAGCUGUUCACUGCCAGAACUAUUGUAAAAAAAGCAGAAAAUUGUUUUUAAUAUCGGCAUUCGAUAAGAAAUAUAUGUCUUGUUCUAGGUGUGAAAGCUAUAAGUACCAACUGUGAGAAACAAUUGGCAAGUGCACUUUGUAGUCCUUUUCGAUGUUUAUUGAGCUAUAUUUCUUAUUCCGAUAUAGUUACCCGUUAGAUUUUGAUAUCGAUAAAAAUAAGAUAUACUGACAAGUAUUUAUAUACUUAACGAUGUAUAUCAUUAUGCUGUUUGUAAUAUGAUAUAAUAAUUAAUAGUCGCAGUUAUAUGUGAAUCGAAAAAAGACUUGCAGAAUUGUCUACAAUUACACUAUUGUCUGUUCUGAAUGUGAUUUUAAUUAUGGCAACGUCCUAUAACUAUAAAUGUGGUAUUUACCGAUUGUCAAUUAAACCAGGAAAAUAUGUAUUUACCACGGAUGAUAACAGUUGAUGUCUGAGAUAAAAAAAAUAAUCUCGUAUCUUCGUAUUCCUCUUACUUGUAAGAGGGAGCUAAAUUACUCGCGUGGGCUGCUCGCCGAAAUAUAGCACAAACGACUUUAGCAAAUGACCACGCUACAUUUCGGUGGAAAUCAUAUCUCGGAAGAGAAGAUAUUGUUCGUGAGCAUUCAAUUAUACAACCCUAUUAUAAGAUGUAAUUGUUACAUUUAAUAACUAAAUUGUAAAUUGUUGUUUCGUAAGGAUAACUUUGAAAGAAAUUCCGUAUUGUAAAAUUUGUAUCACUCCUUGUAUGAUGUUAUCGCUUACAAAAAGACUAAUUACCUUGAAAACAUCGACUGAUUAUUAUUGUGGAUCUAGAAUCAUCCGGAAUAUAUCAGUUAUGAAUUCUUGUACCAUUUGUAAUGCAUAUUCAUGUAAUGAAUAACAACUGUAUUAGCUCGCAAUUUUAUACAUGAUGUUAAAAUUUCAUACUUUGUUUCUAAACAAAAAUGGUCUUAGGAGAAAAGAUAAUAUACAAUUUUGGUAUUUUAAAAAGUUGAAAAUUUACCAAUAGUCGAGAUGUAAAAGAAUUUUGUAGUGUGUAAAAAUGAAUUAUGAAAUUUUGUUACGAAAAUAGUUCGCAAGUGGAACAAUGAUGUUAGCAGUAACCGGUCGUAUAAAUGUACAAAGCGCAAUAUGGACUGUCAUUUACAUUAGUUUGAUAUGACGCACUCUGUGCGAUUUCUAACUGUAAUUAUUUUUGUUAUUGAAAAGUAAUAUGUCUAGCACGUGUAUUAUACGUAUCACCAAUAAAGAACGAGUAAUGUACGUUAA